GCUCCUUUGUUGCGCACACAUUUAACGUCAUUGUCCUGCGACUUGGCGUGGACAGUCGAAAACAUUUUCGCUGAUUCCGAAGCCGAAAAAACAAAACAAAAAACAUGACAUUGUGUCACUUUUUUCUUCAGGGUCGUUGUCGUUACGGCGAUAAAUGCUGGAAUGAGCAUCCCAGAGGAGGAGGCGGAGAAUAUAACAAUUACAACCGGUCUUCGGCUCCGCACCAGCCCCGUGGAGGUGGUGGAGGGUAUGGCAACAGGGUCUGGGUGAAUCCCUCUCAGCAAAAAGGAGCCUUCAACCAGCAACAGCCCCCCCGCGGGAGUGGUCACUGGGGUGGGAGAGGACACGACGUGAAGAGCUCCGAAUUUAGCUUCUCUGCUCAAAACAGAUUUUCAGCACUCAACAACAAUAACAACUUUGAGAGGGGCGGAGGAGGAAGAGAAGCAACGGUAGCUAAUGAAGAAGAUGAUGAACAAAAACUAGAGAUCAUUCAGAGUGACAUGAAGACUUGGGAGAGCUCGGGCCAGUGGGGCUUCUCAUGUUAUUGUAGCUUCAAAGGACAAUUAUCUGGUUUUACUGAUCUAUCUCCAGAAGAGCUUAGGCUGGAAUAUUACUCCACUAAAGCAUCUGGAAACCUGCAGAGUUAUGUGAAUGGUGUCAAUCUGUUGCUCAGUCAGUGGAGAAGCCGAAUCCAGGAGAUCCUGCAAAUGAAUCAAGCCACUCGUGCGGCUUUACUUGCAGAACUAAAAAAUCCAGCGCAUCAGGGAUCCUCAAGUGGCUUUGGCUCAACAGCAGCUGGAUUUGGGUCUUCUUCAUUUGGUUUGGGCAGUAAAGGAUUCGGAGCAACACCAAUCCACGCAAGCACUUUCAGUUUUGCUUCUCCGGCAAGAGAUUUCGGCUCUUCAUCAGCGCCAGCAUCCACACCAGGUUUUGGCAGUGCCAUCUCAGCCCCGUCUGGGUUUGGUUCUGGUGCUCCUUCAGCUGCAUCGUUCUCCUUCGCUUCUUCAUCCAGCAACAAGCCGUCAGGUUCAUCUUCGGGAUUUGGCUCGGCCGCCGGUUUCAGCUUCUCAUCCACUGCCAACAACAACAACAACAAAGGUGCAUUUGGAACCGGUUUCGUGUCCGAGGCACCUGCGGGUAGUUUGUUCGGACAGUCGAGUGCUGCCGCAGUCUCUGCCGGAGGAGCCUCGGACAGUCUGUUCUCCCCCGAGAGCGAACUGACCCCCGAGGAGCUCGACCAGUUCAAAGCACAGAGGUUCACUUUGGGACAGAUUCCUUUGAAGCCUCCUCCUGCUCAAAUGCUGCGGGUUUGAUGCUGGAAGCCCAGUAUUUUGUGAUCAUUUAUUUAUGUAGAAUAAAUCUCAUCUGAGUGUAUGUAGUAGAUUUUUCUUAUAACUGCCAAAAGGAAAUAUAGUAUUCUCACUUUUUUGUAUUGAUUGUUUAGGGGUUAUUUUUGAACAAACAUCCAUAUAUAUAUAUAUAUAUAUAUAUAUAUAUAUUUUUUUUUAUGCCUAAUGAAUAUUGUACCUAGAGACAUUUAACAAUAUGUUUUUAAAGUCCUAUUUUUGAACUGUUCCCUUUGUGUUGCAUGUCUACAGAGAAGUUAACUUUCAAUGAGUUCUGCAGGAAAAAACAAUCAAUGUGAAAACAAGUUAGCAGUUACUCUUUCCAGGCUGACUACUAAUCAAUCAUGAUGCUCUCAGUGCCAAAUGUUUCAUACUUUGGUCAAAUUAAAGUGUGUGUCCCCCUGAUGGGUAUUUUA